AUGAGUGGACGUUUUGUAACAAACUUAAGAAAAAAAAAAUAUCAACAACAACAAAGUAUUCGAAAAUCAAAACAAUGUAUUAGCGAUACAUUAUUACAAAAACGAUGUCGUAAACGAACAGCACAUACACCAAAAUGUUGGAUACAUUUAGCAAAACAAGAUAAUCUGCGAAUUAAACCCUCCCAAAUUCCGAAUGCUGGAAAAGGGUUAUUUAGCUGGAAAAAAACCAUACCGUCUGGACGUGUAAUUUCAAAAUACACAGGACGACGUCGUACUCGUGAACAAAUUGAUAGAAAAUAUGGGAAUAGCACUGCAAAAUAUGCCAUAUGUAAAAAAGGGUUGUGCGUCGAUGCAAAUCAUACAACAGAUGCUGCGGGUAGAUUUGCAAAUGAUGCUAGAAAUACACAAUUUCGUUAUAAUAGUAGCAUGCGUGGAAAUCAAAUGUUUCGCUUAAAAUCCUCGCAACGUAUCCCACCACAUUCGGAAAUUUUUGUUAACUACGGCGACGACUAUUGGUUAUAA